AUGUCAAGAAGCUCAGUGGCUGUAAAGCAAGCAGCUAGAUCAUUCAGCUCAUCUACACGUCGCUCACUUGCCACUCCCGUCGGUGGCGCUAAGCCUGCGCUAAUGAAGAAGUUCCAGAUCUACAGAUGGAACCCAGAUGAACCAGCAGAAAAGCCACGCAUGCAGACAUACGACGUUGACCUCAACUCAUGUGGACCAAUGGUACUAGACGCUUUAUUAAAGAUCAAGAACGAAGCAGACCCAACACUCACCUUCAGAAGGUCUUGCAGAGAAGGAAUCUGUGGCUCUUGCGCUAUGAACAUUGAAGGCCAGAAUACAUUGGCUUGUUUAUGCAGAAUAGACAGAAAUGAGAACAAGCCGAGCAAAAUCUAUCCACUUCCUCAUAUGUACAUUGUCAAGGACUUAGUACCUGACAUGACUCAAUUCUACAAGCAAUACAAAUCAAUUGAGCCAUACCUCCAAUCUGACAACGUUCCCGAUGGCGUUGAACACCGUCAGUCGCCAGAGGAGAGGAAGAAAUUGGACGGUAUGUACGAGUGCAUCCUCUGCGCUUGUUGCUCCACUUCUUGUCCAUCUUACUGGUGGAAUCAAGAUGAGUACCUCGGUCCAGCCGUUCUCAUGCAGGCUUAUAGAUGGAUCGCUGACUCUAGAGACGAUAAGGCUGCUCAGCGUAAGGAGAAGCUCGAGAACACUUUCAGUUUAUACAGAUGCCAUACCAUCUUCAAUUGCACUCGCACUUGUCCAAAGGGUCUCAAUCCAGCUAUGGCUAUUGCUGAUAUGAAGAAGGAAAUGGCCACUGCAUAA